UCCAAUCCAACAUUCCUUACCUUAGAGCUUCCAUUCGUUUCAGGAUGGCCUUCUUCAAGUUCCUCAAGUUCAAGAGUAGAUGCAAAUCCAAUCGUGUAGUAGAUGAUAUAGAAGAUGGUGGUUUAUCCACCACCACCAUUACUACCACCUCAACCCAUGAUCUAUCUCAUUCGGAUGGCCAAAAUGGAUCGAAGAUGAUGAUGGUGAAUAGAUUUACUUGGAAAGAUAUGGAGAAUAUGAGUAAGAAUUUCUCGAAAACUAUCGGCAUUGGAGGGUUUAGCGUCGUCUAUCUCGCUAAUUUCACAGAUUCAACUCUUGGAGUUCUCAAGAGGCAUUGUGAUAGCCAGCAUCACCGCGAAGUGUUUAAGAGAGAAUUGGAAGUUCUACUUCAUGUCCGCCAUGAAAACAUUGUCAAGUUUCUUGGCUACUGUGAUGAAAAAGAAGAAGGUAUCUUAGUGUUUGAAUAUGUUAGCAAUGGAACCUUGUAUGAGAAACUAAGGGAUCAAGGACAAAAAGGGUCAGUCCUUUCUUGGAAAAGCCGCAUGUCCAUAGCUCACCAACUGGCCCAAGCCAUUAACUACCUUCACACAAACUCCACAUUUGAAAUAGUUAAUGGUGACAUCAAAUCAUCAAAUGUCCUUCUUGAUGAGAACCUUAACUGCAAGCUAUGUGACUUUGGAUCUGCAAAGAUGGGUUUUUCAUCCACAAAUGUUCCCUCAUCUAAGAUUUCGUUGAUGGGUUCUAUAGGUUAUAUGGAUCCUCAUUACUUGAAAACUGGUAUUGCAACAAAGAAUAAUGAUGUUUACAGUUAUGGGGUGAUCAUCCUAGAGUUACUCACAGGAUUGGAACCUUUUUGUUUGGAAAGGGAACAGUUAUUGAUUUCAAUUGCAGACCCAGUACUGGAGGAUCCAAAUAAGGUUCUGGAAAUGAUGGAUACUCAUCUAGGAGGCCAUUUUGAUGCUGAGGAAGCUAUAGCCAUGGCAAACAUAGCAGCACUUUGCCUGCACAAGGAUUCCACCCAAAGGCCUUCCAUGAUUGAGAUCUUGUAUACUAUGACACAGAAGAUUCAAUCCAUCUCCUUGGUCCCCGCAUUGGAAGGAUUCAAGGACGAAUCAAAUGAAAUUGAAAUAUGUUGCACAUGAACUAUAGGUGAGGAGCGGAUUUACCAGCUUUUGAUAGAGUAAGUAGCAUAUGAGCCGGCAUUUUGCUCCCCGAUCCCUUCGCUUUCGAGAAGUUUAAAAUUUAGACUAUUGAUAAAAUAAAUACAUUUGUAUAAUCAGAAAAAUUAAUGUACCAUUGACUCGUGAUCUAAUACCCUAUGAAUUAUAAGUUUCCAUGU